AUGAGCAGCGUCGCGACUACUGGAUCGUCGUCUCCUGUCCCGUCCACGGGUGUCAACGUCUCGCAACCAGUGGAUCCAGCUGCGUCUAUACCGAGUGCGAGCGCCACGUCGCCCUGCAGCAAGCGCCAGAAACUCCAGGACAUCGCUGACGCGUCGGUCGCAGUCGUCGAUUCUAAAGACGGGGUUCUAGAUGCUUCAUUGCCGACCGAGAACGCAGUACGGGACAAGGCACUGGAGGGCGGUGGUCUGAAUAUGACUAAUGAGAGGAAUUCGAGCACGACGUACUCGGACGUUGUGGCAAUGAAUCUGCCCAAGGAGUCGACGGCGUGGAUACUUGGGGACGUUGACGGGUUUGGAGCGCUCGGAGCGAGUCCGUCCAUGACUGCAGUACUGGAGAAGCGCUCGUCCAGUCCGUCGUUCCCAAUGGAGAGCGGGCUACUGCCUUCGUCAUCAUUAUCUGCUGCUGCUGCUGUUGCUGGAUCAAGUACUGGAGUGUCGAGCAGCACAAUGUCAGGAGAGACUGAGAAGGCAGCAAUAGACGCUGCAGAAGCAGGUCUUGAUGGAAUUGACAACCACGCUGAGCUUCCAGGAGCCACGACUGCUACGGCUGUUGUGGCUGGUGUGGUCCCACCGGUUACCGAGGGGUCUGGAGGCAAUACCAAGUACAUGGACCCUGCUACGGGCGACUACAUGUACCCAGAGAACGUCAAGCUCAUGAGUUUCUACGACAAGCAGCGACUGGUGCAGAAGAUUACGAUGCUGCCGAGUCAGUAUCUACGAGGCUUGAUGGAUGUCAUUAGCAAGUACCAGCCCGACACGGUGCGGCAGAUUGACGACGAUGGCUACGCGUUUGAUCUUGGUCAGAUGAACGAAAAUACGGUCUGGGCCAUUAGCGACUAUGUGAAAGACUCGAUGAUCGAGCUCGACGGGUACAUCAAGUCGCUCAAUCAAACGGGGAUCAGUCUAUCGGCAACGGACGAGCGGCAAGCAGGGAGCACGAUUCUCACGGCAACAAGUGUCGCGAGUGUCAAUACGACCGCGCGCCAGCUCUCGGAGACGUUGGCGCUGAGUACGACCAAGAUCUCGGCCAUUACGAGCAACGAGAGUCAGCACAAGUUCCUCGAGCAGGUGGAGAUGUACUCGAAGCCAAAGGUGACCAAGUCACGUGCGAAGCCGAGCAAGAAGCACGAGUGUCCCACGUGCACCAAGCAGUUCCGUGGUCGCUCCGAGCUGCAGAACCACAUUCGCACGCACACGGGCGAGAAGCCACUCAAGUGUUCGUACGCGGGUUGCACGAAGCGGUACGCGCACAGCUCGAAUCUACGGGCGCAUGAGCGAACCCAUGCUGGGAUCAAGCCUUACACAUGUCACUAUGACGGUUGUGGCAAGAGCUUUGCCCACUCGGUGUCCCUCAAGGAACACAUUUGGAUGCACGCGGGGUUCCAGCCCUACGUGUGUCCGUACGAAGGUUGCCACAAGAAAUUUACACAAGUGUCGAACUUUGCCCGGCACAAAAAGACGCACGAGAAAGAGGAUGAGCGUAGAGAAGAGCAGCAUGACCAGGCCAUGGAAAGUGAUACGUAA